GCAGCGCACAGUUUAGCCCGUCACAGAAGGCCGAGAGAGCAGAGCCGCUUCCUUCCUUCUCAGCCACGAGCAGCAGCACUGAGGAGUCCUCCAUACAGCUCGAGCAACACUUCUCUCCACCGCUUCCUGCAGUCUCUCUAUAAUUAUCCACCUACAAGGUCGUGGGAAACCAGCAAGGUUGAAGGAAUGGAAGAAGAAGUAAGAAAGUACUUUUGAAAGCCUGAGGACAUGUUGACCCUCCGCUUUGGACAGCAUCUCAUCAAGGCCUCGGCCGUGUUCCUGCAGACGGAGCUGUCCUUUGCUCUGGUCAACAGGAAGCCUGUAGUGCCCGGACAUGUGUUGGUGUGCCCUCUGAGACCGGUGGAACGGUUUGUGGACCUGAAGCCAGAUGAGGUGUCGGACUUAUUCAGAACCACUCAGAGAGUCGCUCAGCUGCUGGAGAAGCACUUCAACGCCACCUCGCUGACCAUCGCCAUCCAGGAUGGCCCUGAAGCUGGACAAACCGUGAAGCACGUCCACGUCCACGUGCUGCCCAGGAAGGCAGGAGAUUUCGAGCGGAAUGACAGCGUCUAUGAUGAGUUGCACAAGCAUGACCGAGAAGAUGAGGACAGUCCCUCCAAGUGGAGAUCAGAAGAGGAGAUGGCCGCAGAAGCUUCAGAUUUGAGGAAACAGCUCGAGAAUCCCUAAGUGGUAUAUUUAAAAGCAGCCUGAAAAAUACUAAUAAAACUGAAUGGAAACCAUGAGCUGUCCAAAACUUUGGUUUGUGAGCAAAUAAACAAGUGAAUAUUAGAC